UCGAUCAGGCUAUUUACUCCAAGGCGGCGCUGAUUUCCAAAAUGCCGAGUCUUCUCAAAUCGUUCUCCUUAUUCUCAAUUCAAUCGUCAGCUAGAGGCUUGAUUUUUGGCCUAAUCGAUCGACUACUCACUGCGCUUAUCUUUUAAUUUCUGCCUAAUCGAUCGCCUACUCAUAGCUAGCAUCAAUCACCAGGUUUGAUGUAACUUCCUUUGUAGCUCAUGCUCUUCAGCACUGGCACUUCGAGUCAUUGAUGCUUUUGAUGCCCCAAAAGUGAGAUAUGAUCCAGUAAAGAAAAUCUUUUAUGAGCAUGCAGGUAGGCUUCCUAUUCAUACAUGGUGAUGCCACUGCAAAGGCCAACUUAUAUAAGGACAGGUUCCUGAUGUUAUUCCAAAGACUUUCUCGUGAUUCUCAAUUUUCCAAGCCUUGUUUUGGGAGUACUAUGUCUGAGUAUGGCAGCUGCAAAUAUGCCCCUAUUAUUUCGCCGCUCACUGCCGUUUCAUAUAUCUUCGUCCUCCUUCAACUCUCCUGUGCACAUGCAUACUUGCUCUUGGACUUGCAGCAGUGGAAUCAUUUCCCCGCCAAUUACCAGUCCAUCUCUGAAACUAAUGUGCCUGCCGAGCUCUUCCCUCAGUACAACACGAUCGAGUAUGAAAGCGCCCCAGAAAAGGAGGAGAUAAAAGUACUUCUAACCCUCUUGGUCAUCGACACCUGCCUAAUUGAGGAGGAGAUUGGCUUCUUGAAAUCAUCUCUCUUACAGGUUGAACUUGCUGAACUAAAAGUAACAGUUGAAAAGAUUGGAGGGCUUGUAGUUUUGGCUGAAAGUUUUGGCCAUAAAGUUUUCAAAGAUUCAUUAAGACAAGUGUUCCAGCCUGGAGAAGACGAUCUUGGACUAUCCUCAAAAUCUACAAUCCACUGACGGAAAAAAAUCAAAGAACCCUAGUGAAUGUCGAUUCUUCUUCUCCGCCAAGACUUUCUGUUCUGAUCAUCUCUCUCGCCACCUCCGAUAAUCUUCCUCUCAAUGUCCAACGCAUAGUGCGCUCCAUCUCCAGGAUCAGCUUUGAAUUUUGGUUUCAAUGGAGGCUACUCAAAAUGACAAGAAUGCACAAAGAGGAAAGACAGAUCCAGCUUGGGGCCACUGUAUAGAGACGAAUUAAACUUGGAUGUUCCAAAUGAACAAGAUGGUGAGGAUGAAGAUGAAGAUGAUCCUUUUGAUCGCAUUCACGAGUUGAACAUUACUCCAGAGUUUAAUUAUGUUAACAAUCUUAGCAUUUGAAGUGUUUGUUUUAGAAAUCGCUUGAUCUUGUUUGAUGACUUGUAUUUUGAAGUUGUGUUUAUUUUUGGCAUGUAACACUAUUAAACUCACUCUUUUUUU